AUGGAUAAGUGGCCAUUGCUCGGCCGCCUAAGAAGAGCAGUCCACAAGGUGAGGUUUCUUCUGAACUUCGACCUCCACCGGUGGAUUUUCACCUCCGGGCACGCGGCCCCCUCGAGCAAGCGGCUUCUGAGCUUCAGCGACCGCCCUGGCCUGAGGGCAUGCCCGUCGAUGGACGACAAAGAGUACGAAGACUCGCCGGGCUCUUCGAGAGGGCUGGGGCUUCAGAGAACGAUGAGUUAUCCGUCCGAGGACGAUGUUGACAAGCGAGCUGAGAUGUUCAUCGCGAAUUUCCAUCGGCAACUUCAGCUGGAGAGGCAGAUUUCUAUGGAGCUCCGCUAUUGCCGGGGGAAUAGCUUCCAGUCGAGGUCGCCAUGA